AUGAGGUGCAAGCGGCACCCGUACGAGUGCGGGCCCGGCGUGUGCGCGUCCUGCCUCCGCGACCGCCUGCUCGCGCUCGCCGCCGCGCUCAACGAAGCGUCCUCGCUGCCGCCGCCCACCCCCUUGGAGCCGGUCCCGCUCUUCCCGAGGUCGGUGUCGCCGUACGUGUGCCCCCGGAAGUCCGACGCGUCCAGGCCGUGGAGCCGGCAACCGUCAAGCCGCCUCUUCUUCCGGACGCCUCAGGUAGAGCCCGCCUACGGCGGCGGACUCGGCUUCGAGGAAGGCGACAUCGGAUUCCAGAUCAAGCGGCGCCGCCGCGGCAAGCUCUCGGCCCUCGCCGCGCUCUUCGGCCACCACCACGGAUCGGAGGAGAAGGGUGGCGGCGACAGGGAACGGAAGCACGGAUCUUGGCUCGCGGGGAUCAUGCCGCGCGGGCGCCGGAAGAAGGAGCCGGCCGUCACCGCGUCGCCGCUCUCCCCGCGGCGGCGCGGGUCCUCCCGCGCGAUCAGCAACCGGGGGCUCUCGCCAGUGAGGUGGUCCUACGACGAGAGCGAGGAGAGCAGCUCGGUGGCGGACUCGCCGUGGCGCCCGUCGCCGAUGCGGAAGACCCCCUUCCAUCGCCUCAUGGGAGGACGCGCCGGGGCCGGCGUGUCGGGCUUCGCCGUGUGCAUCAGCCCGCUCGUUCGGCCCACCCCAGGACGGCACCACCGCGGAGGCCACCCGCCGGACGCGCCCGCCAUGUCCGGGGAGCUCCGGCCGUCGCCGCUCCACCAGCCACCCUCCGGCUCGUCCCUCCACCACUGCCGCUCCUGGAAGCUCGCCGACGGCGGCCGCUUCCGGUGA